UGAGAAUCAAAAGUUGGAUUAUCAUCAUUUUCUUGAUUUUGUCAUUCUUUGAUCGAUUUGCUCAAUCAAGGAAUAACUGGUACCUUUACAAAUGUAUUCUGUGUCAUGUUAGGUUCCAAGUAGCUUUCUAGUUUCUCAAAAGCUGUCAAACGUCCACCCCAAUCAUGAGAUUAACUCCAAAACUUCUGGUAAAACUUGUCGGUGUCAUUCUUUUCUUCCUGUUCAUCGUGCCGAUGUUGUAUCACCUCCUCGAGGAAACAGAACGAAAUCGAGCGGAGGCAUCACAAACAAGAAGACGGAGAGAGAAGUACUCGUCCCAUGGUGAAACGGCAAAAGUGAUUGAAAAUCAAGCAGUUUUAAGAAAACCCAACACUGGAGACAAAGAUGAUGAGGUUGCUGAUGACAAACUGAGAUUUGUUCCAAAAGAUGAUGUCAGAAAAGUUGUGGCGCACGUGCAUGAUGUGGACAGUGAGGACCAUUUCAGGGUCGUUACGCAGCUGGUGAAGACAAAUGCACCAACGGCAGUAUUUAGAAAAGGUGUUUUAGGAAACUAUGAACAAGAGCAAGGAGUCAGAUCAGGACCUGGAGAGUACGGCGAACCUGUUUUCACCUCCUUGGCAGAGAAAGGUGCAUCGGAUCGUUCCAUGCACGAGUAUGGUUUCAAUAUGGUUGCCAGCGAUAAGAUCUCACUGGAUAGGAAUGUGCCCGAUACAAGACUUCAAGAAUGUAAAUACUGGUAUUACCCAGAGGUGGAAAAGCUGCCCACAGCAAGUGUUAUUCUGGUCUUUCAUAAUGAGGGCUGGUCAACUUUAUUGAGGACAGUCCAUAGUGUCAUCAAUAAGAGUCAUCCUAAGUUACUCAAGGAAGUUGUGUUAGUCGAUGAUUUCAGUGAUAAAGAGCAUUUAAAAUCCAAAUUAGAUGAGUACAUCAAGCGCUUUGAUGGUAAAGUGAAACUCUAUCGUAACGAGAAGAGAGAAGGCCUGAUUCGUACAAGAACGGCUGGUGCCCGUUACGCCACAGGUGACGUCAUCAUAUUCCUUGACGCGCAUUGUGAAUGCAAUAUCAACUGGUUGGCCCCAUUGCUGGCUAGGAUUGCUUACGAUAGGACGAUCAUGGCUGUACCAAUAGUCGAUAGUAUCUCGAAAGACAACAUGGCAUACCAUGCCUCAUAUGGCAGAGGACACUUCCGAGGCAUUUUUGAAUGGGGCUUUUUGUAUAAAGAGUCCAGUGUCCCUGAGAAGGAGCUGAAGAAAAGGAUUUAUAACAGUGAGCCAUUUUGGUCCCCCACUCAUGCUGGCGGUCUGUUUGCAAUGGACAGAAAAUAUUUCUUUGAGCUUGGAGCAUACGAUCCAGGAUUAUUGAUAUGGGGUGGUGAAAACUUUGAGCUGUCAUUUAAGAUUUGGCAGUGUGGUGGCAAGGUGGAGUGGGUGCCGUGUUCAAGAGUAGGCCAUAUAUAUCGCAGCCACAUGCCUUAUUCCUUUGGGAAUAUCAGUCCAAAAAUACCAAUAAUCAGUCAGAAUUAUAUGAGAGUAGUAGAGGUCUGGUUGGACAAUGAGUACAAGGAAUACUUCUAUACUCGGGAGCCUGUAAUACGUGGCUAUCCUAUUGGGAAUCUCACAUCCCAGUUAGAGCUAAAGAAACGAUUGAAUUGUAAAAGUUUUAAAUGGUUCAUGGAGAAUAUAGCUUAUGAAGUGACCGAACGAUUUCCUCCUCCACCACCAAAUAAAGUAUGGGGAGAGAUCAAGCAAGCUGGUAGCGUCAUGUGUGUGGAUACGAUGGGUGCACAACCUGGGCAAGGAAAGCUCGGUUUGAGUCCCUGUCAUCAUUUUGGGGGCAAUCAGCUGUUCCGUUUGAAUACGAUGGGCCAGUUAGCUACCGGGGAGCGAUGCAUCAAGCCGAGGAAAGGCGAGCAGAUAGCAAUGAUGUACUUCUGUCCUGUCAGUCCUAAUGGUCCUUGGGAUUAUAAUCAGAACACUAAGCAGAUCACAGUUAAGGAUUGGAAUAUGUGCUUGGAAGGAUAUGGCAGUAGGAUCACACUCAAUGCCUGCGACGCCAGUAAAACUAACCAGCAAUGGGACAUUAAUGAAGUAUAUCCUUGGAAGAGGAUGUAGGGUUGGAUAAUCUCAAUAGACUGUAUUCCUUUUGUGUAGCACCUGACAGUAAUACAUCAUGAUGUCUGCCAUCCAUAUUUCCAUCCUGAGGGGAAAUGCCUCAGGGCAGGGGAAGCAAACAUUAACCCCUGAUUUCCUCAGGAUGCCAUGUUUCCAAUGUUUUUCUUGACAAAAUGCCAGAAUACAUUCAGUGAGGCAAACAGCUGAAUACUGACUGAUAAAGUGAUAUGAAACACUCUCCAAGUCAAAUAACUUGAAAUAUUGUUGGGCAAUAUCGUGAACCAUUUAUUGUCAGGUGGUGCCCUCUAUGAUAGGAAUAUCCUGUAUUCACUCAAGUGAGCACCCUGCAAACCAGUGAUUUUCAUCGCUGCAACCCUCGAUUGUGAUACCAUGAAGUGGACUUGUGUCUUAAUAAUAGAACGAGUGUCAUUCUGUCCAAGGCCAGUUCAACUAGACCAGGGUUUUAGUUUUGGUAUUAGGGCGCAUAUUUACUUAAUUUGGCCUUUUUGCCAAUAUAAUGUUAUAGAUUAUGUUGAUAUCACCAAUUUUGGUGAAUAACUUUGUAGAAUAUACCUUUGGGAUUGGGUUCCAAUCAUGAAUUUGUGUGCAAUAUAAGGCAUUUGGAUCAAAACGGUUUAGGCAAACUAUGCUAUCAGGGUUUUUGAUUUUAGCUGUUGGCCUUGAGUCCAGAUGUAUGUUGGCCCAAGGGCCAAAUAGGAGUUAUUUUUCAGUAUUACUACUUUAGUAUUCGUUGGACAUUGAAGCAAGGAACACAAUUUUGGUUCAAGUCGGGUUAUUUCCAUGCAACAGGUAUCAUCAUUAUGCUAUGUUGUAAUUUUGAAUAAAAAAUUAUGAGUAAAAAAGCCGUCGUCAUGUGAAAGUGUUACAUCAUAAAAGUAUUUUCUAAACUGGGCGAAAUUUUGAUUGUUGCAUAAUAUUAUUUCUUAUCACAUUCCGAUGCACAAAGCUGCUUUUUUAUUACUGUUUCUAGGAUUCAGUAUUCAAAACAAACAUAUGAAGGGGAAGCACAGGGUCGCAGUGGAAGAGGAUCUGACUUGUGAUUGGAAUAGUCAUGGAUUGGAAGCUUGGCAAGUGCCACUCCCUACUUUCAACUCGCCUGAAAUAACGCGGUGUGGUGCACAGUAUGUGUGCUCCUUGGUUUCUAUAGAAAGCUCUCGAGGUUGAGGAAUGAAUAUAAAGCACUUUGAGACAGCACUGUACAGUAGAAAGCCAUUUAUAAGCACUUAAGUUACAUGAAAAUGGAUUUUAUUCAAUGAAGUAUUCAAUGCCUGUUUUGUUGGAAACAGAAAGCCUGUGUCAAAUUGAUAAUCAACUCUUCUGUGUCCGCUUCUUGAUGUAUGUAUUGGGAAGAUAAUUUGAUGUCCUCAAGCUUUUAAGUGUAAGGAAAUAAUAUAUGUUGGGGGUAGGGUGUAUUGAUACACCAGUACUGAAUCAUAUUAUUUUGCAUCAAUCUAUCAGAUUUGUAUUCUGUUUUCUUGCAUUUCUUUCAAAAAAUAUUUUAACACGAGUCACUUUUUAACUGUCUUAUGUCUUUCGUAAUAAAAUGUUAACAUGAUGAAUGUUGUGUCUAAAUGUCUGAACAUAAGUGUGUCAGUGAAGAUGCAUUCAUAUGUAAAUAAAAAAACACAAGAG